AAUCAGCAUCAGCAACAGAGCCUACCGCCGGGGUGGCUAAAGACAGCUAGCUAACUACUUAGCAAAUCAUUAACUAGCUAUAUUUCUUGCUUGCUUAACAAUCUAGUAUUAAUUUAUUUUAUGGAGGAUCAUUGCACCUGUCGUGUGGUAUGGACUGUUCUGCUGUCAACAGUUGAAAGGUGCCUGAAGCAAGAGACAGACAGCUUUGCUUAGGAAAUUACCUACUGUAGGAUUGCUGUUGCCACGAGAGUAGGAAGAACUAGAAGAACAGCUACACUCUUGAGAGCAGCUCCACUGAGAUGAAAGCCACCCUGUCCUCGUAAAGCAGGAAAUCAAGAACUCAGGUCUGCCCGUCGGCCUCCCCUGUCACUGUGGUCACCAUGGAGGUCCAGUCAGGUGAGGGGCCACCAGACUCGAGCAACUUGGCUCCUGCGACGUCCACUGGCUCCGCCCCCAGCCCACAGAGUGAAGCUGUGACCAGUGAACUUCAGGAGCUGUCUCUACAGCCCGCCCCCAACCUGCUGCCCCUCACAGAGAGGAAGAAUGUUCUGCAGAUGAAGCUACAGCAGAGGCGGACUCGAGAACAGCUCGUCAGUCAGGGGAUCAUGCCACCGCUGAAAAGUCCGGCCGCCUUCCACGAACAGAGACGCAGUUUAGAGCGAGCACGGACUGAAGACUAUCUGAAGAGGAAGAUCCGAAGUCGGCCUGAGAGGGCAGAGCUGGUCAGGAUGCACAUCCUGGAAGAGACGUCUGCGGAACCGUGCCUGCAGGCCAAGCAGCUGCAGCUAAAGAGAGCCCGCCUGGCAGACGACCUCAACGACAAGCUCUCCCACCGGCCGGGUCCCAUGGAGCUGAUCCACAAGAACAUCCUGCCUGUCCACAGCAGCCUCAAGCAGGCCAUCAUAGAGACAGACUUCCCCAAGGUGGCGGGGGAGAGCUCGUCGUUUGAGGAGGACAGCAGUGAUGCUCUGUCUCCUGAUCAGCUCAUUGGCCAGGAUUCUCCGCUGGGGGCGGGCCCUCUGCCCUCCCCGACCGACACCCUGGGAGGAAACAGUAACCCCUCCCCCACGCAGUUUCUCAACCAGGUGCCACCCCUUCCUCCUCCUCCUCCUCCUCUUCCUCCGGUCUCUGGCCCCACCCAGGCCCUGAAGUUGACCAAUGGGACUGCAUCUCUCGCCGCUCAAAGGACCCCACCAGCUCAGACAAAGUCCCACUCCAAGUCGAGCGCCGACCGCCCCCCCCAGCGCCCCAAGAAGGCCAAGGACACCAAGCCCAAGGUGAAGAAGCUCAAGUACCACCAGUACAUCCCCCCGGACCAGAAGGCCGAGCGGGAGCCCCCGCCCCAGCUGGACUCGUCCUACGCCAAGAUCCUGCAGCAGCAGCAGCUCUUCCUACAGCUGCAGAUCAUCAACCAGCAGCAGCAGCACUACAACUACCACACCAUCCUGCCCGCUCCGCCCAAACUGUCAGAUCAACAGCAGCCUCCUUCUGCCACCCCCGCCUCCUCCACUGGCCCCACCCCCUCAUCAACUCCGUCCAGUCAGAGUGCUCCAAACCGUCCAAAUGUCCCUCCUGCAGGCGGGGCCAAACCUGCGUCUUUACCUCCAAACCUGGAUGAAAUGAAGGUGGCCGAGCUGAAGGCCGAGCUGAAGAUGAGGAGCCUGCCCGUGUCCGGCACCAAGAACGACCUCAUCGAGCGCCUCAGGAACUACCAGGAGCUGAACGGAGGCAGUACUCCGGCGCCACCAGCAGGGGGAGCACCCUGGCCGGGGGCCGUAUCGUCCAGAACCUACCUGUCUCACAAGCAGCAGCAACAGAAGCCGUCCUCUUCUGCCCUGCACCGGGCGGCAGAAAGCGGCGUCAGGGUGACGGGCGUCCCGUUUGCUUCCACGGCGCCCCAGCACGCGAUGCACUUUGGCAGCCCCGGCUCCUCCCCUCCGCCGUCCCCCGUCCCUUCCGAGCGCUCGGCCGCCGCCAUGAGCCCAGACGAUGCCAGCUAUAGCGGGGACACCUUUGGGGAAAUGGUGAGUUCCCCCCUCACCCAGCUCAGCCUCCAGCCCUCCCCCCAGCCCCCCGUCACCAUCAAGGAAGAGACCCCCUCCACCCCCUCCUCCUGCCACUUCCCUUGCCUCGCCCUCCGACCGGCGCCCCCUCUCGACAAGGACCGGAUGCUGCAGGAGAAGGACAAGCAGAUCGAGGAGCUGACGCGCAUGCUGCGGCAGAAGCAGAGGCUGGUGGAGACCCUGCGCUGCCAGCUGGAGAUGGGGAAGCGAGGAGGAGGAGGAGGAGUGGGGGGAGGAGGAGGAGGGGAGGCCGCGGUCCUGCUCCGCGUGAAAGAGGAGCCGCCAGACCUCCCCAUCGUCUCGUCCUCCCCCUGCCCCGUCCGCGCCCCGCCUCCGCCCCCUCCCCCGCCGCUCCCCGCCGCGCUCGGCGAGGUCGCCGUCAAGGAGGAAGCCAGCGACCCGGACGAGGUCGCCCCCGAGGCCGCGCCGGCGGAGAGCCGGAGGCCCGACCGGGCGGCCCCCGAGCGCGUCCGGCCGCAGGUGAAGCCCGAGCGCGUCAUCCUGCCGAGCCAGCGGCGGCUGGAGGAGCUGCGGCGGCAGCAGACGGCGCUGCGGAUCGGCGAGCUGCAGGCCGCCCAGCAGCAGGCCCUGCAGCAGCUGUUGCUGAAGCAGCAGCAGCAGCAGAACCGGCAGAACCAGCUGCAGAACCUGCAGAACCUCCAGAGGCGUUCGCAGCAAAGGAAGAAGAAGUCCCACAAACAGCAGCUCAAACAGCAGCAGCAGCAACAACUGCUGCUCAAGCAGACCCAGCAACAGAUACAGACAAAGCAGUCCCAACAGUCCCAACAGCAACUGCUUAUACAACUAAAGCAGCAGCAACAGUCGCAACAACAACAACAACAACAACAACUGAUACAGCUGAAGCUGCAGCAACAGCCUCAGUCGAAGCAGCAACAGGUGUUGCAGACUAAACAGGAGAUGCACUUACAGCAGCCAGAACAACGACAACUGCUCCAGUCACAACAGAUAUCCCAGGUGUUCCUAAACCAGCAGACUGGGAGCAGCUCUUCCUUCCCUCUAGACCUCCUCAAGGCACACUCCACCCCAACCCUGGUGACCGACAGCAACGGCAACCACUUCCUCAUUGCACUGACCAAUCACACCACUGAGAACCAAGGAAGUGACGCCCCUCAGGGGAAGCCGAACAAUCACAUCGAGUUACAGAGACUACCGUCCCCUCCCACCAAGCUGCCUAGCCAAUCCCCUCCUCUGCCGUUGAGCACUGACACCAAAUCAAAACCGAGGAGCACCACAUCAGGCCUUGGGAAGCAACCAACCAGAAAGGGACAGAAGGCGGGGCUUCGGGUGUCAACCAACAACUCGCAAGGGGUGGCUCUCUCGUUCUCCGCCCCGCCCAAUCUCCAGCCUUUCUUCCUGGAUGAGGACUCCGCCCCCUCAGGGGAUGUCCCGCCUUCGCCAGCUCUGAAGGAGGAGUGUUCUGAUCUGGACCAGCACGCCCUCUUCAGCCCUGCCUCCCCUGACGCCAUCAAGACCUGCCCCUCUUCUCCUGAUGACAAGGAGCAUGGCUCCACCCAGCACAUGGACGACCUGUUUGACAUCCUCAUCCAGACGGGAGAAAUCUCGGCCACCUUCAAGCCAGCGCCGGACCCUUCUCUGGCCCACCUCCGGGCCAACACUCCGGCCUCCUCCCCUCCCUCCUCCCCCCUGCAGCUCCAUCUCCCUCCCCCCUCCCCCCCCGACCCGGAGAACUCCCCGCCACGGACCCCGACGGAGGACGAGCACCAGGCGCCACCCACCACGGACCCAGAAGGCCUUAGCUGCCCAGGAAGCGGACGUCUGGAGGACUUCCUGGAGAGCACGACGGGCAAGCCCCUCCUAGGGGUGGAGCCCGGCUGCCCUUUGACCUUGAUCGACGACCUCCACAGCCAAAUGUUGAGCACCCCCAGCAUCUUGGACCACCCGUCCUCCCCCUCCCCUAUGGACACCUACGAGCUGGGCUACCACCCCAACCCCCCCAACCUGGACUUUGGAGAGCAGGCCCUGGACAGCAUGGACUGGCUGGACAUCACCAUGGGAGGAGGGGGCAGCGAUGCCCCCAGCUUGGCCCCUCUUGGGCCCCCCAGCGUCUUCUCCACAGACUUCCUAGAUGGCUCCGACCUGCAGCUCCACUGGGACUCGUGCUUGUAGCCCAGAGAGAGCAGCUGCUGUCUCUCCUCUGCACACCUGGCCUCAAGUACUUGAUACAAACACUGUCAUACACUUGGGGUGCUCUUGAUUUAGCUUCCCCCGUAUGGCGACAACAUCUGGGACAUCGACAGGUCCCGUGAGGGAUAAACGGUACCGGUCCAGAACUGUGGAAGCUAUGUAUUCAGAUGAAGUGCUUCUGGGUAGACCUGAGGUGGCAGAUAAGGAGCCUGCUACUGUUAUGUAUAUUUUUUUGACUUCCUUGUUUUCACUUUCACGCAGCAAACACACACUGGUGUGUUAGAAUGUACAGAACACUGAGCACUGUCUCACACACACACACGUACUCGUACGGAGAAACACACACUGAUUGCCUUUUGUGUGUGUGUGUGCUCUCACUGCCUCCAGUAGAAAGAAGGCCCUUUUCCCCGAGCUUACACAAGUACCUUUGUUUCAAACCUUGUGUAUGAUUGGCUGUCAUGGGGAACACGCUUUGAUCUGGUUGUUGAAUUCAGGGUCUGUUGACAGGGUUUGGCUGCAUACCAUAAACCUUGAUAUUUUUUUAAUUGCCGCGGUUGAAAGACGGCCAAGUCGAUACCUGAAUGUGCUCGAAUUGCAUCCCACUUUUUGUGUUGAUACACAGAGCCGGAACAAAGCCAGACCUACAGCUACCAGAGCACGGGUGGUGGGAUAUGAUGCCUCAAACAUCCUGCUGUCUCUUGGCUUCACGGACUGGUGUGUCAGAACAAGACCCUGGUGUAGCAGUCUGGAGACCAUAGCUCUGAGGGAGGACUGUAGAAGGAGCCAUUGGCUGGGGAGGGGAGGCUGGGGAGGGGGCGAUGGGGAGGGGAGGCUGGGGAGGGAGGGAGGCUCUGUAAGAUGCACAGAUAGUGUUAUCUCCAAAGUUUUGACAUUUCUAAUAGAUAUUAUCAGUCAAUUAUUUGGGGAAUUAAGUGGGAUAUAUUUUAAGAUGCCAUGAAACAUGAUUUCAUGUUUCGGAAGAAACUUGAGUCUUAAUUUCGAAGUUUGUUAAUACAGCUUUGUCGCAUGAAAAUGCACAUGAGAUGUUUUUACACUGCGUUUGACAGUAAAAUAAUCGGCCCUUUCAAUGGAAGUAUCACAGCUCCUGAGAGCACCCUGCUGUCCCUCGGCUUCUACACAUGAUCCUACAACCAUCACAGGCAGCACAUAAUCACACACUGUAUAAACGUACUUGAUACUCUUGAUUGUUGAACAGUUACGGCGACAAUGCUGUAUGUCAAUUGGGAAGAGGUGGGUUGCAUUUGACUCUGACUACACAACGAAGGGCAUGGAAAUGUGUGUUUCCUCUUCCGUCAGCGUGGGAUGGUUUGAAGCCUUCACACUUCCAGAGGCCGGGGUUACCACGGCAAUGCCCACUGAAAUUGUCACUGCGUUGGUGGAUGCUGUGGUCUUAUCAUUCAUGUUUCAAAGUCCUUAAAGUUGGGGUCGGUUUUAUUGUUCUUCUUGCGAAACUGUAAUGUACUGUAUCAGUACAUUUGCCAACAGAGAGAGUGAGUUUUAUGCAAUGUCUCCCUGCUUAUGUCUUGUAAUACUGUAAAAUACUAGUUUGGACACUGAAAAUAUAUUAUAAUGCACAUUAGUGGUUUAUUUCCUUCUUUUGACAGUGUUUCUGUCAAUGGAGCACGCUGUGCAAACUUACUGUGAGAGCUUUUAACCUCAGUCAAAAGUCUGUAUUGAGAUUCUACAAACUCAUUUGCACGGCCUUGAAGAUGCACGUUACCGCACGCGCAUAUACACAUAGUGGCACAUGCUGCUUAUAUAAACUCACACAUACACGCACACACACCACACACACACACACACACACACAAAAGCAAAUGUUGUGCAAAGCUCGCUUGUUUGAAUUUGAAUUGUCAACGUUUGUUUCCUAUCCCCCUUAGAAGAUACUUUCAGAUACCAUGUGCAAUUUUGCACGUGCGUGUGUCUGUGAGAUGGCGGAGGCGACCGUUUCCAAGUCAACUCUUGAUCCCCAUCCUCAGAGCCCCUCAUCAUCACAGAGAACUGUAAACAAUAUAGAAGAAUGACCUCCAUGCUGGCAGUGCACUUGGUUUCUCCCACUACAAUCAGAUCAAGGAAAAAUCCAAUUUGACUGUGAGGUAAAUAAAAAGAAUAUCUUCCAGUGCUUGACCCAGGCCUGGUGUUGUGAUGACGACCAUGGACUGGGUGCUAUGAG